AUGAACAGUAGAAAACGAGUUAUACCGGACGAGAAUGGAUCGACUGGGACUAUCAUCCACAGGAAAAGGAAAGGUGUUCAAAAAGAUGGUACAGAACAAGCAGAUAAGUGCAAAGUUCCGCCGAAGGAGGGACCGGUGACAAAGAACCAAAGACCUUUCGGUCAAUUGCUUAAAUCGACGGUCUUCCCUAAAGAACACGCAAACUGUCCGUUCUGCGAUAGUCGGGUCUACAUACCAACCGUCAGGGAUUUUAUAACUGAUACCGAACAAGGAUCAAUGCUAGAAGAGGGAGACCUCCGCAAUGUUGCAAAACAUCACGUUCUUCUAAAUCUGAGUGAAGAAUUCCUCGUACCAUCAGUCAUAAGUAAAUACAUCAAACGAAUCCUGCGGCGUACAGUUUUUGGAAAGUCUUCAUGGAGCUUCAAUAUGGUAGAGUCGGAGACCGCAGAAGAGAGGAACUCACCAACGUCGCACUUGGCAGGCGGUCGCUCUAUGGUUGAUGAACGACUCCGUUUGGCAGCGAAACGUCAUCUGUCCGCGCAGUUCUUCGAAGAUAUGCAAGAACAAGCAAAAUUGACGUUCAAAGAUGUGAAACAGCUCUUAGAAUCCCUCUUAGCGAAUAUGCUACGAUUUCUUGUUCUCUACUGUGUGCACGGGCUCAGAGAUCAAGUGUUCACGAAAUUGUCGAGUACAGGAGAAGUCAUGUAUAAGCUGAGAUAUCCGGCUAAAAAGAAUAUUGCGAAAAAGGUUGCUGAAUCAGAUGAG